GUUCCAAACAAAGCUGGCUAUAAAAUGAACCGCUCAAAACUAUAGACGCAAGCAGUAAACCUACAGCUUGCUUGAGCAGUCAAUUACAGCCUACUGGAACAAUUAAUUUACAGAAAUAAACGAGGAUGAUCUCCAAAUAUUGUUGGUUUGUCGUUGUAUUAGGGACCACUGGAACAGCAUUAGUACACACCAAUGAUUCGAACAAGCUUCAAAAUGUUAAAGCUGUGAUUGCUAUUGAAGACAAAGUAAUUCAUUUUUACGAUCAUACUACUGAAUGUAUAGGGGAAUUGAUGUGUGUACUUGCUGCAUUACCAGAAUCCGAACGCAAUAAAAUGUUGAGCACCCCUUUAGGUCUCCUGAGCAAAAUUGCAACUGACAAGGGACAAGAUCAUUACAGUUUGUUAUAUGCAGAAGCCAAGAAAUUAUUAGCUAACUAUCCGACUAUUAAACAUGUUUUAAAUGGAGCUGUGAAUGGACACUCCGUAAAAGAUAAAAAAGUCUGUGCAUCAAUGUACUCCAAAUGUCCAUAUGAGCCAGAAGAAUUGUUGGAAAAUAUCAACGAUUUGGGGGAUAUUACCAAACUAUUUUCUAAGAAUGAGUUUGGGAAAGUCAUCGCAGAUGCACUUGAGUAUAACUACACACAUGUUGGAAUGACUCAGACACAUAGUAGAGAAAAGAGAUCAUGUUUUAAAGAAGUAUUGGACGUUAGUUGCGCGUCUCUUGGAGCUACUUGUGGUUUGAUGACUGUAGGGUGUGCUGUUUGUACCUUUUUUUCAUUUGGAACAUGUAUAGCUAUCUGUGGUACUGUUAUUGCCGGGUCGUGUGGAUCAGUCAUUGCUGGGUGUGGUAUUGCUGAAAUUGCAUGUUAAUGCAACUACAUGAGAAACAUUAGUAAGUCACCGAGAUGAAUAAAUAGCAAAGUAUUAUCUCCUUAUUUUUUUAUGAAAGAUGUUCCUGAUCUGUUGAAUUUUAACUCUAUACUACAGAUCAGAAUGCAUGUUCAUUUUUUAAUAUGAUUCGGUGAAUAAAACAAAUUUGAAACUUAAUUAGCAUUGUGAUAAUGACAUUUUCUGCUCAAGCGCUUUAUAAACUUUGAUAAUUAUCUGAUGCAAGAACUAAUUAAAUGUAAGUUU